AUGUCAGAUCCUACGGGGUACACUGUGGGCUGGAUAUGCGCCUUGCCCGUAGAAUACGUUGCCGCACAAGAAUUCCUUGAUGAAGAGCACGAAAAACCCAGCUUUGUGUCUCCAAAUGACACAAACGACUAUACAUUAGGCAAGAUGCACGAGCACAAUGUGGUCAUCGCAGUCUUGCCUGACGGUGAAUACGGCACAGCUUCCGCGGCCAAUGUAGCCACAAGCAUGCUGAACACCUUUCACAACAUCAGGAUAGGCCUCAUGGUCGGCAUCGGUGGUGGCGUACCAAGCGAAAAACAUGACGUUCGUCUAGGCGAUGUCGUGGUCAGUGCGCCUCGUGGCGAUCAGGGUGGUGUCUUCCAGUACGACUUUGGCAAGUCGAUCCAAGGGCAAAGUUUUCAAUAUACGCGGUUUCUAAACCAGCCACCAACUACACUUCGCACUGCGAUGACGGGAAUACAGGCGCAAUAUAAGAGAAAGGGCCAUAAGCUUACGGAGGCCAUUGACAUCAUUCUCGAUACAAAUGUUCGGCUGCGCAGCGAGUAUGAACGUCCAGAAUCAACCACAGAUAGGCUCUUCCAGCCCUCUGUCAACCAUGAGUUAGAUUGCGAUGCUGCAUCCUGUGCAAACGAUGCCUCAAACUGGCUUCCGCGGCGUGAGCGGUCCAAUCAUGAAGAUAAUCCUGCAAUUCACUAUGGUCUUAUUGCAUCUGCCAACCAGUUAAUGAAGGAUGCUUUGAUUCGCGAUAGGCUAGCGGCGGAGAAAGACGUUCUCUGUUUCGAAAUGGAAGCUGCCGGACUGAUGAACACGUUUCCUUGUUUGGUUAUCCGGGGUGUCUGCGACUACUCGGACUCGCAUAAGAACAACCAGUGGCAAGGGUAUGCAGCGAUGGUGGCAGCUGCAUAUACGAAGGAUCUCCUACAGAGAAUCCCUCUCAACCGAAUUGAAGCUGAGGAGAGGAUAACUGCUGUUGUGUCUGAGGGGCUGAAAGGGAUUCAACAUCGCUUAGACCAAGCAUACAGUCAACACGAGCAGCACUUUAGUGAACAGAAAGCAAGAGUCUUAACGGAUAAACAGCGCCUUUGUCACCAAGUGUUCAAGGUCGUUAACUUCGCGGAACAAAAGAACAUAAACCCUCAACGUGCUGAGGGAACCUGUCGAUGGGCUUUCCAGAGCUCUGAAUACAUCCGUUGGUGGAAUAGCAACUGCAGCAAUCUUCUCUGGGUGUUGGCUGACCCAGGCUGCGGCAAAUCUGUCCUCGCUAGAUCGAUAAUCGACAGUUACUCAGAGACCUCUCAUCCAACUGUGAGAAUAUGUUACUUUUUUUUCAAGGACAAUGAUGAACAGAAUAGUCUUGCUACGGCACUAUGUUCGGUACUUCAUCAGCUAUUUAGCCAGCAUUCUGACCUAUUGACACAUGCCAUUCCGUCCUGGGAAAAGAAUGGGGGGAUGCUUCGACAAGAAGUUGACGAGCUUUGGCGGAUUUUGAUGGCGGCAACAUCAGCCGACAUGUCGUGCAAGACCAUUUGCAUAUUCGAUGCACUUGAUGAGUGUCGUGAAACGGAUCAGCGCCGAUUAAUUGAAAAGCUCCAAGCGUUUCAUCUCCAAACAUCUUCAUCAACAGAGCAAACCUUAAUCACCGAUUCGUUUCCGCAUAUACAUAUCAAGGGGGAAGAGCAAAAUGACCAAAUCCAUGAGGAGAUUGAUCUCGUGGUGAGGAUUCGAGUGAAAGAACUAGCCGAGACAGUACCACUGUCGCCAGAGCUUCAUCAUCGAAUCGAACAGCAGCUGCUUCAAAUGGAACACCGUACAUAUCUCUGGCUGCACCUAUCCAUUGAUGAUAUCCCUACUACCUUUAAGCACAACCUUCGACCUGCAAAGAGUUCGAUCACGCUUAUACCACCUUCUGUGGAUGCAGUAUACGAGAAGAUCCUCUGUCGAGUCCCAGCAGAUGAAAUGGACAUAGUCAGAAAGAUAUUAGAGAUAAUCGUGGCUGCACGACGUCCUAUAACAAUACGAGAGAUGGCUGUGGCGCUAGGUAUUGCCACCUACCCCGAGGCACGAACAACAAUGGAGGCCGGCCUAGAUCCAACUCAUCUGCAGAGAAGAAUUCGAAGAUUAUGCGGCUUCUCAGAGUUUUUGAUUCAAAAGGAAAAUCUGAACAAUCUCCAUCUUACAUAUUGGAGCAGCCUGAGUAACGCAGAGGACCAGAUGGCUGAGAUCUGUCUGCGGUAUCUUUUGAUGGAGGACCCGGAAGACGACGAAGGCCAACCGAGAUUCAACAUGCGAGACCUUUUGGAGUACUCAGCAGUACAUUGGGCCGAUCACGUACAGAAAAUGACUUAG